UUCACCCCACAACUCACGCAGCCCUCUCCCUCCUUCCUUGGUUCCCGUCCAAUCCCCCUGCUUCCUUUUUCUCCCCCCUUGCUGUUCAGGAACUUGCUGCUCUGUUCGAUCACCCUGCGCUUGGUUCUUGCGCGUGAGAGCUCAGAGGCGUGUCCUUUUCGCUUCCGUUUGAUCCAGUCUUUGCCAAUCCAAUCGAAGCUCCUUGCUUGGUCCCAAAGGGAGGAGAAAGAUCGAGGAGACACGACGACGGCACAAAAAUCCGGGGCGAGGGCGGCCAUGGCCAUGGUUGGUGCUCUGUUCUUUUCCAUGAGCACCGCCGUACCAUCCGCUUAACUGACCAAUCAUCGUCUCCGUCCCUGCUUGGUACCAGCUGAACUCGGGCCUCGACCAAUCGUCGUCACAACAAGAUAGAGAGAGCUGGUAGCAGAAGCUCUCUGCAGCUGCGGAGAACUGGUCCCGGAGAAAUGCGGCAGAUCUCGUCGCUGCUGCAGGGCCUGGCCCGGUCGCUCUCGGUGGGGAGGGACAGGGACAGGAGAGGGGACGGCGGCGCCGGCGGCGACGGGAAGGCCGCCGCGCCGGCGGUGCUAAGGACGUCCGGCACGGUGUGGGGCGAGGGCUCGGAGACGUUCGCCGCCGUGUGCUCGCGGCGCGGCGAGAAGGGCACCAACCAGGACUGCUCCAUCGUCUGGGAGGGCUUCGGUUGCCAGGAGGACACCAUCUUCUGCGGCAUCUUCGACGGGCACGGCCCAUGGGGCCACUACGUCGCCAAGGCCGUGCGCGACUCGCUGCCGCCGUCGCUGCUGUGCCACUGGCAGGAGGCCCUCACGCUGGCGUCGCUCAUCGACGGCGAGAAGAAGCUCAGCGACUGCCGGUUCGACCUCUGGAAGCAGUCCUACGUGGCCGCCUGCGCCGCCGUCGACGACGAGCUCCGCCGCAGCCGCCGCCUCGACGCCGUCUACAGCGGCUCCACCGCGCUGUCCGUCGUCAAGCAGGGCGACCUCAUGGUCGUCGCCAACGUCGGCGACUCCCGGGCCGUCCUGGGCACCACGUCCGACGACGGCGCCCUCGCCGCCGUCCAGCUCACCGUCGACUUCAAGCCCAACCUGCCUCAGGAGAAGGAGCGCAUCCGGCGGUGCAACGGCCAAGUGUACUGCCUCGCCGACGAGCCCGGCGUGUACCGUGUCUGGCAGCCCAGCCGGGACUCGCCGGGGCUCGCCAUGUCGCGCGCGUUCGGCGACUACUCCGUCAAGGACUGCGGCGUCAUCUCGGCGCCGGAGGUGACGCAGAGGAAGAUCAGCAGCAGGGACCAAUUCGUCAUCCUCGCCACCGACGGGGUCUGGGACGUGCUGUCGAACGAGGAGGCCGUGCAGAUCGUGGCGGGGACGCCGGACAGGGAGAAGGCGGCGAAGCGGCUGGUGGAGUGCGCCGUCCGCGCGUGGAGGCGCCGGCGGCGGGGCAUCGCCGUCGACGACUGCUCGGCGAUCUGCCUCUUCUUCCACUCGCCGCCGUCGUAGGGGCGCGCACGACACGUAAACCUGCCUCAAUCGACGUCAAGGAGACAACGAAAUGCCCAUCUCAAGACUACGAUCAUCGUGCCCGUCGCGCUCGUGGUUGGGAGUGCAAUUGUCGCCGUCCACGAUGCAGAACGUGCAGGUUGUCGCAUGAUUGCGACACUGCAGCUGGUGGAUGACCAAACCAAAAAAAUCUCGGCUUUCACACCGGGCUUGUCAAAAUGUACGAGAACGAACACCAGCCACCAGAAAAGGGGGAAAAGAUGCAUUUUGUCCUCA